AUUUACUUCUCGAGUCACAACGUACUCUGGACGCCUGCUUUACAACACGACUCAAGAUCCCACUCCUGACACCAAAACUUAAUUGCACCAUGGUGUUUGAUACUGAAGGCCAUUUUGCCCUGCUAAGGGCAGUGUCAGCCGGUCGGCCUCGACAGGUUCGGCUUCUCCUGGAAUCGGGCAUUGGGGUGAAUCACGCGAAUGCAAACGGGCAAUCGCCUCUCAUCCGAGCAAUGUUUGUUGAGAACUCACGCUAUCGCAUGAAAAUUAUUCGAAUGUUGCUCCGUCGUGGGGCCUCAGUGGCACAUCGAGACUAUCUUGGACGCAGUGCGCUGGCCUGGGCUUGCCUUCGCGGGUUGGACUGUGUUGUGGAAGUUCUUCUUAAAAAGGCUGACGGGGACAUCAACUUGAACGACACUGAUGUGAGCUACUGUACCCCUCUGUUCCAUGCUGCAACAUCUGGCAAUGCAGCUACAACGAAACUCCUGGUAGAUGCACUCCGUCGGUAUGAUCUCAGUGUUGACAUAUCAAACGAAGACGGACUCACACCACUCAUGCAAGCGAUCCGACUGGGCAAUGAUGUCUGUGCGAGUAUCCUCCUUCACCAAGGGAAGGCCUCUGUAUCCAUUCGAGACAAUAACCGACGAAGUGCCCUCGACUGGGCCGAGGCCACAACCACACAUUGCCACAUCAAGACUAACUUCCUGCCGCUGAUAGAGAAAUCGAAGAUCGAGCGACCAAAAGCAGGGAAAUCUGGACGGCGAGGCCGUUUCAUAUCCGUUUCCUCCAUGAACGACAGCGACUCCUCCGACAACGAAUCUAGGUAUUCACACGAUGCAAUUCCUAAAGAUGGGAACCAGUUGGAUGGUGACGACAUGAGUGAAUUCAGUGAUGACAAGUCGUUGUGUUCUUGUUCGAGUAGCCAGACCUCCUCUUCUUGUGAAUCCUCCCCGGAAACCAUCCGAAGAAUGUUUUGCAGAUCACAGAUCUCCUCCUGCAAAGAGUCCAGGUGCCCUAGCCUUACCGAUAGCAGUGAUGUCUUCAACGCUGACCUGACCGCGAAGCAUCGACCAGAUCAGAAACACCUUCUACCAUUGCUGUACAGUGCUUACUCGGUACAGUUGACGGACACCUUCAGACCAGGUUAUCAGCCGUCGUCAGCCAGGGCUCCCUCAGCAGAUGGUGACCACGACCAUGAUGGGAACUGCCAACUUGAAUGCUGCACAACUGCAGAGAAUGGCAUCGAGUUAUCGGAAGAGAAGAUACUGAAGGUAGUUCAGGCCAACAGGAAACAGAGGGAGAACCAAUCUAAACAGAAUCCAGUAACACCUCGUAGAGCCACCCAAUCAUCCCGCCUUCCAAGCCUGCGACGUCAAGUCACCAUCAGAAGAUUUCGGGAGGCGUACAAAAACCACCUCGAAUCUUCGACCAAUCAAAUCAACGGACAUGCGGAACAGUCUUCUGAUGACGUCAUAGAGAAUCAAACGAAGGGAGCCAAUGAAAGCGACGAACAGAAGCAAACCUUUCCCUCCAUCUCUCCCGGUAAACGAUCGCUAGUUGGCAUCGAUAACGCGGAAAAGUCUGGUGAACUUUUAAAGAAAGAUAUUGAUAAGAUUCUUUCCAGUAGUGCAAACUAUAUUUCUAUUUAAGAUGUAUAUCAUAUACCUUUGUUAUAGUCAUUAAAAUGUAUACUCAUAAA